UAAAUAUGUCGCUUAAUAGUCUCAGUUCCAUUAUAGAAUAAGAGAAUGAAUAAGAAUCAUUUUCUUUUAGAAGUAGUAAAUCCCCAUUUUCAGAAUAAAAUAGUUUUUCUUAUGAUGAUGAAAUUAUCAACUAAUACGAGUAUAUUUAUAGAUCAUUUUAGUUAAUUUUACAAUUUAAAAGAUUCAUUUGAGAUUAUAAAAGAUCUUAUCAAAUAAGAUGAGAAGAAAAAACACUAACAAAAGUAAAAUCAGGAGAAACAAUAAAUAUUUUAGAACCGAUUACCAGUAUUUAAUCAACAAAUGAUGUAAAAGAGUGCUCAAUAAAAUAAUCAACAAAUAAAAUCUUAGAAAAAAGCACAGCAAUAAAAAUAACAUAAGAGAAGUCACUCAGAUAAACUAAAAGAUUCCAAAGAAAAGUUAAAUUUAAAUGACAAAUAAUUUAAGGGUGAUUAAGAUAUUGAGCAUAUUCUCGAACAAUUCGACCUAUUUGAAUCUUGUGCACAUUGUAAAAUUAAAAUAAAGAAAAACAUUUUGAAGGCUCAUGAAGAGUAAUGUGUUUAUAAAGAAACAAAUUAUGAUGAAAUCCACUGUCCAUAUUGCGGUGAUAAUAUUGUCAGGGCCUUUAUUAAUGACCAUUUCGAAGAGUGUCUUUCGUAUAUCGAGGAUAAAUUUGAAAAAUUAGAAGGAAUUCAAGAAUGCAGUAUAUGCAUGAAUGAAAUUGUUGAGAAUAAAAAAACACUUAAAUGCAAACAUUACUUUCAUUCAGAUUGUAUUUAAGAUUGGCUUGAAAGAUCAAAAAUAUGCCCAGUUUGCAGAAUCUAGAUCUGAAACUGAAUUCUAUUGAAUUAUUGAAAAUUUUUAUAAAAUCUAUUACCC